UUCCUGCUUAAGCUGGAAUGUUCAUAUGGAACGUGCCCAGGACUCUGCAAACUAUGCAGAUUCUUCCCAGCCCGGUGCAGCCAGUUUAGAAAUCUACCGUGGGCAAACUGCUGGCCUCCAAGGUAACGUCCCUCGUCCAUUGUGCUCCUGCCCAUUGCUUCCUCCCUUUCUUAUGACCUAUGGUUUGAUGUCUUUGCAUGGCAAUCCAGGUUUCUUCUUGGUAAUGCUGGGAUGGAAAUUCUACGAUGCCGAUGAUUACCACUCUGAAGAGAAUCGGAUGAAGAUGGGGAGAGGGGUACCGCUGAGCGACCAGGACAGGAUUCCAUGGCUCUGCAGUUUGCACGACAUAUUAGUAAGAGAUGUGGCCUUGGGACAGCAUGUCGUUCUAGCCUGUUCAGCCCUGAAGAAAAUGUACAGAGACAUCUUGAUACAGGGAAGAAGCCAUGGGCCCCUGAAAAGCGACAGGUCUGCAGAGGAAAGGCUGGCCGGCCAACAGCUCUUGGUGGUCUAUCUCUGCGGCUCGUUUGAGAUCAUUUCCAGACGCCUGUCCCAACGAAAAGGACAUUUUAUGCCGCCUGAGUUACUGCAGUCCCAGUUCAGCAUUCUGGAGCCUCCAUCAGCUCCUGAAAACUUCAUCCACGUCAGCGUGGACCAAAGUCUCUCGGAGAUGGCCGAUGCCGUUCUGGAAGCUCUGCCAAUAAGUAAUCAUUCCACACCUGUGGGGUAGGGUGCACUCUAGUUCCAGGCUCCUCCUCGCCAGUGUAUUCUAAGUUCCUAAUUGAGAGCAAACUGCAGUACGUGGAAAGCACCGUUUGCCUGUAUGGACAGGAGUCUGUGGAGUGCAGGUGUGCCGCAGGUGUCCUGCAGGUGUGCCACAGGUGUGCCAGGAGGAGGGGGGAAGGAUGGUAAAAGUUAAGCUUAAACUUAAGUUUAAAUUUGUGUAUAAUGGAACCAGAUGGUCAGUGGAAAUUGUGCGAUCAAUGUCAGAAAUUACUCUGGUUUGAAAGAACAA